AUGAAAAGUGCGCGCGGUCGCGAAAGCUCUCGCCUGCUGUCGCUCCCCGACGAGCUUCUCCAGCCUGUUCUCGCGCGUGUCGACCAUCCGCGCGAUCGCUGCCUGGUGACGUCACUGGAGCUCGACUCGCCACUCGAGCGCCACUCCGUCUUCAACGACCCUCCGCCUCCCCCAGUGGACGCCUUCCCUUCACUGCGCUCACUCACCCUCCUAUACGAGCCCUCGCACUACCGCUUCAUCUCCCGCUGCCCCUCCCUCACCUCGCUCACCCUCUGGGGCCCCAACGCCUUCGCUCUCUACUCCCUCGCCUCCCCCUCCUCCCCUCUCCGCCUCUCCCUCGCCUCCCUCACCAUCCACUCUGCUCGCCUCGAAGCCGCCCUCUCGCCUCUCGCCUCCUUCCCUCGCCUCACCUCUCUCUCCUUCCUCUCCUGCACCAUCGAUCCCUGCGAGCUUCACGCCCUCUCUCGCUCCCUCCACACGCUCACCCACCUCGCCCUCCUCAGCUGUCCCUUGGUCUCCAGCCACUCCCUCGCCGCCCUCGCUCAAACCAACCCAGCUCUCUCCUCCCUCUCUCUCUACUCCACCUCCUACCCUCUGUUCGCUGCCCAAGGCCUUCUUACCCUUCUCCGCACUUCCUCCUCCCGCCUCCACACCCUUAAUCUCUCCGGCCUGCCCUCGUACCGCCCGGGCAUGCUUGGACUCUGCAGCAGCCUGAAGCGUCUCACGGUGAAAGGAUUGGGGGAGGCGAGGGAGAGUGUUAUGCCCUCUGAGGCGCCGCAGAAGCCGUCUUUGGAGUGCCUUGUGGCCAUGCUGGUGCGCGUGGAACAGUGGGGAGGCAGUGCGGGAAUGGUGGCAGGGGACGAUCGAGUAGGGAGACGCCAAGUGGAGAUGGUUGUGGGGAACGGUGAGGGAGGAGGAGCAGCAGCAGCAGCAGCAGCAGCAGACGAUGGUGAAGCAGCAAUGACAGCCCAUGACGCAGCAGCCCUCCCAGCAGCUACCACGCUGGUAGAAUCAGAGACAGGAAUCAGGGGCCACAUGAGCCCAACGUACCUGGAUUUCCGUAUGGAAGCAGCAGCAGCACGUGCUGACAUGGUGGCCGCAAUCGACGACUGGAGGGCCCUCAUGGGCACAUGUGAGUGGAGGCUCCAGAAAGUCAUAUCGCAAGUCAUGCGGGCUCGGCACAUGCGAGGCGAGUUCGCCCUUUCGAGCAUUAGGAAUGCCAUCAUUCAGGUCCGCGCGGCCAUCUCGCUGUGCCUGUGCGUGCGGCUGUCAGUGAACGAGGUGAACGCCCGGAUUGCACGCGAGGAGGCACUGGUGGAGGCCUGCACCGCUGCCCAGGCUGCAGGGCUCUUCACUGCUCCUCUGGAUGAAGAAAUGGAACCGGAGGGGCACCAGGAGAGAGGGGGGCAAAGGGGAGGAGGGAGGGAGGUGGAGGAGCUGGUAGGGUUCAGCCCAGAGAGCGACCUUCCGGCUGAUCUGGCGGAGGUGAGCGAGACGCUGCUGGGGGAGGAGACGGGUGGAUGGCCGGCGUUUGUGGCGGUGUCACAAAGAGAGGCACGUGGGCUGCUGCAGGCGCUCACUCAGCAGCUGGUGGCGCGCAUGGAGGCCGUCGCUUGUGGGGCUCCGCCUGGCGCCCCGCCAACAGUGCCUGGGGCUGCGCCACUGCCUGGGGCUGCGCCAGCAGGCCCUGGGCCGGCAGCAACAGAUGCAGCAACGUUGGAAGGCGCAGGAACGGUGGCAGCAGAAGGGGUAAGAGCAGAAGAGGCAGUAUCACAGGGGCCAACAAGCGCAGAAGGAGAUGCAGGAGGGAGAGUGGGAGAGGGUGCGAGAAGAGCACGAGCGUUACAGCAGCUGCCAGGAGCAGAGGCGGGAGGAGGUCCAGGAGGAGACGAGCAGCUGGGGAGCAGAGUGUCAACUCACUCGCCCCCCCACAAGAGCACACCACCCGAAAAAAGCACACCCCCAAAUAUAAACACACUCGUGACACCUGUGCAAGUGUUUUUCCCUCCACUGGAGGCCCUAACCCUUGAGAGCAUUCGCUUCGCCUCCACGCUCAAGAGCUUGGCUCUCGUGAGCUGCUCUGGGCUGGCGGAGACACUGCUGGUGAGGCUGCUGCGUGCAUGUGGCAUGCUGGAGGAACUGCGGGUGGAAGGCAGUGACGGGUUCUCAGACGGGGUGAUUACAGGGAGUAAACUGGAGGUGUUGACUCGGUUGACUGCGGUGGGGUGCGGUGGAGUCACUGCAGGGGGCAUUGGCGGGCUGCUGGGGAACGUGCCAAGGCUGCGGUAUUUGAAGGCGGAGGCAAGUAAGGUCUCUGAAAGGGCUCGCCGGGAGUUGCUUCGUGCUGGAGUGGUUGUUAGGGGAGUGUGA